AUGGCAACGCCUGAACCAUACACGAUUUCCGUGCCUGACUCCUCGAUUGAGAAGCUCAAAAGGAAACUAUCCGAUACCGAUUAUCCAGAUGAGCUUGAUACCGCAGAUCAAUGGCCUUACGGCUCGCCGCUGUCUGACGUCAAGCGACUAGCAAACCAUUGGGAAAAUAGAUUCGAUUGGCGCAAAGUAGAAUCGAAGCUCAAUGAGCUGCCUAACUUCCGGAAACCAGUCAAGGUCGAAGGCUUUGGAAAUAUCGACAUACACUUUGUUCACAAGAGGAGCUCAAAGCCAAAUGCCAUACCUCUACUCUUUUGCCACGGGUGGCCUGGUUCAUUCAUAGAAGUCACCAAAAUUCUCCCACUCCUCGAAGCAGGCGAAAAAGAGGGCAAGCCUGCGUUCAACGUCGUAGCACCUUCACUCCCCAACUUCGGCUUCAGCCAGAAAAUCCUCAAGCCCGGUUUCGCCCUCUCGCAGUACGCAGAAACAUGUCACCGCCUGAUGCAAGAUCUAGGCUAUGACAAGUAUGUAACGCAAGGCGGCGAUUGGGGAUUCUACAUCACACGCAUCAUGGGUGUCCUAUAUCCGGACUACGUCCUUGCAUCGCACAUUAACAUGGUACGCGCACUCGCCCCGUCAUUUACUUCCCACCCGGCCAUCGCACUCCAACACGCCAUUACGCCUUACACCGAAGCCGAGCAGAAAGGCAUGCAGCGCAGCGAAUGGUUCACCACGCAAGGCCAAGCAUACCGCCAACUCCAGGCCACAAAGCCCCAGACUCUGUCCUACGCAUUCGCCGACAGCCCCGUCGCCCUGCUCGCAUGGAUCUACGAGAAAUUGGUCGAUUGGACUGACGGAUAUGAGUGGACUGAGGACGAGAUUCUCACGUGGAUUAGUAUUUAUUGGUUUAGUACUGCGGGACCGAAUGCGCAUAUUCGCAUAUACUAUGAGGCAAGUCACAACCCGACAGAUGUGGUUCCGAGCCGCGAGAGGGCGAGUGAGUGGGUUGGAAAGGUUAAGUUGGGCUUGAGUCAUUUCCCUAGGGAGAUCACGGUCGUGCCGAGGAUUUGGGGCAAGACGCUGGGUCCGGUCGUGCAUGAGAGUGUGAAUGAUAAGGGGGGGCAUUUCGCAGCGUACGAGCGUCCGGACGUUAUCACUCAUGAUUUGCAGAAGAUGUUUGGGAAGAGUGGUCCAUGUUAUGAGAUUGUGCCCGGGAAAUCCGGGUACUGAGGUGCUUGCUCGCAUUGUGAAAAUGUACGCGUCCGGAAGUGUCAAGACGAAAGUGGUAGAUGAGGGAGAGGUUGUUCUUGAUGUGCCCUACUUGCCAUAUCUUCACGUUACUCACGCGAUGGGCUUCCCGAACUGGCUUGUAUUUCUACACUUUCCUGUUCAACAGUAGUGAUGCUAAUACACGUUUAUUCC